AGUUGAAAGCGCUGACUAAACAGUAGUUGUCUCUGUACUUCUCUUCAUUCCUCAAUCGAAUCUCAAAAUGAUAUUAGCACGAAAAAAGGAAGGAAAAAAAAAAAAAAUCAUCUUUUUAAUCUCGUCUUGAUUUCCACCUCCAAUAACUCAAGCACCCAUUUUCUAUUUUUGCCAAAAUCACAUUUAUUUAUAUUCUUUUCUUCUUGAGUCACUUUAAAACUGACACUUCUCCUAUCAACAGUAACACGUUAACUAUCUUCACUUUCAUCAGUUGAAUUCUAGAGGAUUUUGGGAUAGUGGUGAAUUUAGAGUGAGUGAUUGAUGGCCAUUGCAAAGUUGGCUAGGAAAGUGAAACGCCCAUAUGGGUUAUGGGUGAAGAUGACAGCUGUGACAAUGUUGGGUUUGUGCUUCAUCUUUGUGUGGGGGGUGUUCUCGAAUUCGUCUUCGUCUAUUACCACACAAAGGGAAAGCUUUGAAGACAUUAUAGAACCUUCUUCCUCCUCUUCUACUUCUUCUAAAGGGGUUCAAACACAAACACAACUACCACACAAGAAGGAGGAGACUAAGGCAGAGGAAAAGCAAAAUUUUGAUGGCGUGUCGAAUAAGGAGAAGGAUGUGUUGGGGGAGGAUGAGAAGAAGGGUAAUAGUUCUGCCACUGUACAUCAAGAACAUGACAAAGGGGUGGCACCACAUAAAAGGGUGCAUAAGAAUGAUAAAGAUAAAGAUAAAGUGAGAGCAAAUGAAGUGUCUGAAUCUGAUGGUAAUGAUGAAUCAGAUGAUAAGGAAGAGAAAGAGGAGAGUGAAAGAGAGUUGGAAGGUGAAAAAGAAGGGUCUGAUCGUGAUGGUGAAGUGGGUGUGGAUUUUGAAAUGGAUGAUGGUGGUGACAGUGGUUUAGCUGAAUCUCUGGAUCAGGAUUCUAAACUGUUUGAAGAUGGAGGUGUGGGAACAAGCAAGGGACAGUUUAAAGGGCCAUUGUUUGAUCCAAAUGCUAGCUAUAAGUGGAAAUCGUGUAGUACUCGGAGCAAGCAUAACUAUAUUCCUUGUAUUGAUAUUGAAGUUGGUGGUGGAAAGGUUCAGAGUUACCGUCAUACUGAGAGGAGUUGUCCAAGGGCGCCAGUAAUGUGUUUGGUUCCUCUUCCUCAUGGUGGAUACGGGUAUUCGCAACCAUGGCCUGAGAGCAAAUCAAAGAUAUUGUUCAAGAAUGUUGCACACCCGAGACUCGCUGCUUACAUGAAGAAGCAUAGUUGGUUGGUGGAGUCCGGCGAGUAUCUUACUUUUCCUCAAAACCAGUCUGAGUUCAAAGGUGGGAUUCAGCACUAUCUUGAGUCAAUUGAAGAGAUGGUACCAGACAUUGAGUGGGGAAAAAACAUUCGUGUUGUCCUUGAAGUUGGGUGUUCAGAUUCAAGUUUCGUGGCUGCGCUUCUUGAUAGAGAUGUUUUAACAUUGACCCUAGGCUUGAAGCAUGAUCUAGUGGACUUAGCUCAGGUGGCACUCGAGCGUGGCUUUCCGGCAGUAGUUAGCCCUUUUGGUAGAAGAAGGCUUCCUUUUCCAAGUCAAGCUUUUGAUGCUAUUCAUUGUGGGGGUUGCAGCAUCCCUUGGCAUUCGAAUGGGGGUAAGCUUCUGUUCGAGAUGAAUCGGAUUCUAAGACCGAGUGGAUACUUUAUUAUGUCGACUAAACAUGACAGCAUUGAAGAAGAAGAAGCCAUGACUUCAUUGACAGCAUCUAUUUGUUGGAAUGUUCUGGCACAUAAAAGUGACGACGUUGGUGAAGUUGGAGUUAAAAUAUAUCAAAAGCCUGAAGGAAAUGAGAUAUAUGAAUUGAGGAGGAAGAAAAUUCCACCACUUUGCAAAGAGAGUGAAAAUCCUGAUGCAGCAUGGUAUGUUCGAAUGAAGAGUUGUUUGCACAGCAUUCCAAUUGGAAUUGAACAACAUGGGGCAGAGUGGCCCGAGCAAUGGCCGAAGAGGCUUGAAUCAUAUCCUGAUUGGAUAAGCAGCAAAGAGAAAUUGGUUGCUGACAUGAACCACUGGAAUGCUGUUGUUAACAGGUCCUAUCUCAAUGGAUUGGGCAUUAACUGGCCGAGCAUCCGAAAUGUAAUGGACAUGAAAACCAUCUAUGGAGGAUUCGCUGCUGCCCUCUCUCGGUCUCAACCGAAUGUCUGGGUGAUGAAUGUAGUACCUGUUCACGCGCCGGACACACUUCCCAUCAUUUUUGAACGCGGCCUAAUUGGUGUCUACCAUGAUUGGUGCGAGUCAUUCGGUACUUACCCAAGAACAUAUGAUCUUUUGCAUGCUGAUCAUUUAUUCUCACGGCUCAAAAACAGGUGCAAGCAACCUGUAUCUAUUGUUGUUGAGAUGGAUCGAAUGUUAAGGCCUGGAGGAUGGAGUAUCAUACGUGACAAAGUUGAAAUUCUUAAUCCAUUGGAAGAAAUACUUAGAAGCAUGAAAUGGGAGAUAAGAAUGACCUUUGCUCAAGACAAAGAGGGUAUCUUAUGUGCACAGAAAACUAUAUGGAGGCCUUAAAUUAUUAAUCUUCUUCCUUAUAUGCAUCAUGCAUCAAAGUUUCUUCCUUUUACCACACCAUAGAAAUCACAAAAAUAGCCAAUUCGGCUUAAAUCAUCAAGACCUUCAUUCAUUCAAAUUAAAGAGUGAAAAUUUGACGGUGAAAAUUCACGUGCAUUUAUUUUUGUGUGAAGAUGAUAAGUUAAAAAUUGUUAGAUGAUACUAUUAUCUUCGUAUAAAGACAACUGCAUGUGAAUAAUUACUAAAAUUGAUGAGGGAGUUUUUUCAUAGUCAUUCUCCAUCUAACAAAUUCAAAUGAUUCUAUACCUGUUUUUAUUUUUACAUUUUCCAACCUCCAUUUGUAUAUUAGAUUUUGUAAUAGUUGUAGUUAUUAUUGGCUUAAUGUUAUCUUCAAGCGUUGUAGUGUAUA